CGCACCUAAGGAAAAACGUGAAAGCAAGGAAAAAAGGUGAAAAAAGAACAAUAAAAGUAAAAGACUGGGUGGGCAUUUUCAGGCAGUCAUCGCCAACCCAAAAAAUAGAGAAAAAAAAUUUAUCUACACAUUUCUCCUUCCCUUUCUCUCUCUCUUUUUUUCUGAAGAAGCCCUAGAUUUUCUCGGCCUUUUCUCGCUCUUUUCUUCGCUUUCUCGGGAAAAAAUGGCAAACGCGGCUUCAGGAAUGGCUGUGGAUGAUGAUUGCAAGCUGAAGUUUUUAGAGCUGAAGGCUAAAAGGACUUAUCGCUUCAUUGUUUUCAAGAUUGAGGAAAAGCAAAAGCAAGUUGUUGUUGAAAAGCUUGGUGAACCUACUGAUAGCUACGAGGCUUUCACUGCUAGCCUUCCAGCUGAUGAGUGUCGAUAUGCUGUCUAUGACUUCGAUUUUGUGACCGAAGAAAACUGUCAGAAGAGCAGAAUUAUUUUCAUUGCCUGGUCUCCUGAUACAUCAAAGGUAAGAAGCAAGAUGAUCUAUGCCAGCUCCAAGGACAGGUUCAAGAGGGAAUUGGACGGUAUCCAGGUAGAGUUGCAAGCUACCGAUCCUACUGAGAUGGGUCUUGAUGUCAUAAAGAGCCGCACCACUUAAAUGCAUCACCUACUUUGCAAUGGAAGUUCAUACCAUCUGGUUCACUUAAAUGUAAUGUCUAUAGCAAAUUUGGAACUUAGAACUUGCUUUUGAUAUUGGGUUGUUGUUCCUGAGUUCAUACUCUUCAGUCCUUGUCUUGAUUUGUUAUAUCUAUGGAUUCAUAUGGGGUCAGUACCCCUUUGGUGUGAUAUUUACUGACUCAUAUAGGAUGGCUUGUGGGGUACCAAUCUCAUUGCAGUUUGAAUAUUGCAUGCCUUCUUUCUUUA